GCUGAAACUGCGCGAGGAGAAAACCGCGGGGAAGGAGGACGUGGUGAUAAAGAAAAAGUCGGUGGCGGGAAAAGAGGCGGGAAACGUGAAGGCGAAGUCGACGUCGAUGAAAGUGGUGUCGAAACCCGCGGGGAAGCGCGAGGUGGAUGUGUUCGCCGAGUUGGGGAUGGGAGCAGAAGUGAAGAAAACGACGCGAAUUAGCGCGGCAGCGGCGAAGAAAACGGAGACGAAGCCGUUGGAGAUGAGCGAUGACUCUGGAUCGAGUGAUGCCUGGGGUAAAGAUGAUGACUUGGAUCUGUCUAAUUAGUGUUGUGUACGGUUGAAGUGGA